AUUUUCCCGAGAAAACAAAAAAAAAAACCAAAAACCCAUCUUCUCUCUCAGACAAAAAUCCAAAAAAAAACCACAAAAAACAAUGUCUGGAGGUGUCGGUCCGACUUACAACGACAUAGCCUUACCAAAAGAAGAAGAACACCACGGCUCAACAGUCGCCGGAAAAACCGCCGGAUUCUUCUCGUUCCAACGACUAAACAUCCUCGCGAUAAUCAUCGUCCUCUCCGCAAGCGGUCUGGUCACGAUCGAAGAUUUUAUAUUCACACUCGUCACACUCAUCUACUUCUUCUUCCUCGCCAAACUAAUCUUCCCUCCACACAACAAUCCCAAUCGCGACGCUCCUCUCACAAGCCCCACCAACAAAAUCUUCCGCGUCUACGUAGCAUCUGCAGGGAUCGUAGGGCUCUUGAUUCCGAUCUGCUACAUCUUCGAAGGACUCAUCGAGGACGAUAAACGCGGCGUGAGCGCCGCCGCGCCGCACGUGUUUCUUUUGGCGAGUCAGGUUUUCAUGGAGGGAUUAGCCGCCACGUGUGGCUUCUCCGCUCCGGCUCGGAUCUUCGUGCCGAUCGUUUAUAACGCGAGGAGGGUUUUGACGCUCGUGGAGUGGAAUAUGAGCGAGUUCUCUAGAGAAACUCCCGAGUAUGGGACGGGGACGGUUUCUGUGCGGCGGAUGUACGCCGGGAAAGUUUUGGCGGCGGUGAAUUUAGGGGUUUGGUCGUUUAAUAUAUUUGGUGUUCUGAUUCCGGUUUAUCUCCCGCGAGCUUUCAAGAGGUAUUACGGUUCCGACAAGGAGAACUGAAACCGGUUUAGUUACUUCCCCAGACAGUAGUCACAGUGUUCUUGUUUUUUCUUCCUUUUUGGUUUAAUCGGUCCGGUUUGGUUUUAGGAUUAAUCGAAAUCUAGAUGUAUUUCUUGUUUUCUUUUUCCUAUAUUAUUUUGAUGUUUUCUCCAAUAUAUCCAGUUUAUGUAGUUGACGGUUUUAUUAGUUAACUUACUAGUUACUA